AUUAGUUAAGCGUUUCACAAGCAGAUUACAAACUGCAACCCUUGCUUAUCCCACAGGCCACGUUAUAUACACCUUUCCCAUACCAAUCCAAAUGGGUAGCACUCACUAAUUUCCACAGCUAUAUCUCUUCGUCCAACAUAUACAUUCAGGGCAUCAAAAAUAAAAUACCGAAUCCAUAAAAAAUCAUGAAAAAUCUACUAAUCACAGCAUCUGUCCAAAUGCAUCCACACCCUCCAUGAAUGCCCCCACACCCUCCAAGCUGAACUGAAAGCAACCCCCAGAGCAUGUCACCAAACUUAUAGCAGGUCAGGUCCGUCGUCCCUCCUCCUGCUGAGUGCUCACUACAAUUCGCCAUCACCCCAUCCAAUCCUCUGCCCAUCUUUGCUUUGCCCCUCCUUCACUUCACUUGCACCAUCCAUCGCCAUCAUCAUCGCCUCACCGAACGCCAUCACAAGAACCAAAUCUGGCAGCUGCCAUAUAGCCCUAGCUGCAGGGUGCAAGUAGCUGGAUUGGCAGGCCUUGGGGGAGAGACGAGCAGCAAGAAGCUAGCGGCAGCGAGGAGGAGGCGUCCGUCCAUGUCGAGCCCCAUGCACGUCCGCAAGGCGAUCCACUUCGCGUCCCUGCGCGCCAGGUUCGCGCAGGGGAAGGGCGGCCUCGCGCUGCGCCUCCUCCUCGCCGCGGCGCUGGCCGGCUUCCUCCUCGUCUUCGCCGCGCGCUCCCUCUCCUCGCCUUCCCCGUCGACGUCCCGGCGGCAGGAGGCGGCGGAAUGCGGCGGUGAGGGCAAGGGGCUGCCGCUGCCGGUGGCGGAGGCUCUGGUGCACUAUACGACCUCGAACGUGACGCCGCAGCAGACCGCGGACGAGAUCGGGGUGUCGCUCCGCGUGCUGCAGCGUCGGGCGCCCUGCAACUUCCUCGUCUUCGGGCUCGGGUUCGACAGCCCCAUGUGGGCGGCGCUCAACCACGGCGGCCGCACCGUGUUCCUCGAGGAGGACGCGUCGUGGAUCGCCAACGUCCGCUCCAAGCACCCGGCGCUCGAGUCCUACCACGUCACCUACGACACCGUCCUCACCGAGUCCGACGCGCUCCUCGAGCUCCGCGACCACCCGGCCUGCGUCGCGCAGCCGGACCUCGCCUCCGCCGCCGAGGCGUCCUGCCGCCUCGCCCUCAAGGGCCUGCCGCCGGUGUUCCACGACCUCCAGUGGGACCUCAUCAUGGUGGACGCGCCGACGGGGUGGACGCCGGAGGCCCCGGGGCGGAUGGGCGCCAUCUACACCGCCGGCAUGGCGGCGCGCGCGCGGCGGCCCGGCGAAGGCGCCACCGACGUGUUCGUGCACGACGUCGACCGCCCCGUCGAGGACGCCUUCUCCAAGGCCUUCCUCUGCGAGGGAUACCUCGCCGAGCAGGUCGGCCGGAUCAGGCACUUCGUCAUCCCGUCCCACAGGGAGAAGGAGGGCACGCCCUUCUGCCCUUGAAGAACAAUGCUCCACCAGCCAUCUGGACUUGGGUCUUGAUUCUUCCUGUACGGCUGCCAUUACUCUACAACAGCUUUGGGGUGUCAACUCAGACCCCCAUUGGAAUUGGGAGGCGAUAUGAUCUUAUGAGUAUGUGUGACUUAUGAGGAGAUGUGUUAUCGUCUGGAGCCCAUCUAAGAUAAGAAUUUCGGUAUGAAUAUGACAGCCAUCGUGGUGAAAGUGUCACACCUAAGAUAGUAAGAUGCCCUUCUAAGAUAUUUCUUUUCCGGCUGCAAUAAUGCUAAGACGAAUAAUGUGAAAAUUGCAUAGAGGAAUGAUAUAUUCAUCAGGUUACAAAAGAUGAA